AUGCCGUUUUCCCUGCAGAUCUCCCUGCUGGGGGUCGUCGUGGCGCUGGUUUUCAUGCUGUGCAUCUUGCUGGGGACGUUUGUGGACCGGGUGGUGACGGUCGUCUUGCUGAUCUGUGCGGUUCUGGUCUUCUUGCCGAUCAUCCUGCCGAUCUUCGUUGUGCCGAUCCUCUUGCUGGGGAUCUUCGUCCUGCAUGCGGUGGUGCCGUUCUUCCCGUUAGUCGUCAUUCUGGAGGUGGUGAUCUUCGUGGUGUUGGGGAUCUUCACCUUUCUGUGGGUGCUCUUUCUUCCGAUCUCCCUCCCAGACGCUCCCAGGCGCUCCCGCGCGCUCGCAGACGCUCCAGGAGCGCCCAGGCGCUCCUGGGCGCUCUCAGCCGCCCCCCGCGCUCCCACGCGCCCCCAGGCACUCCCAGACGCGCCGGGGAGCUCGCGUGGGCCCCAGGAAGCGUAG